AUGUUAGUGGGGUACACCAGCAAGCCUCUAGCAACUACUGACCGGUUGGCCUAUCCUGGGCUUAUCCCGCCGCACCACCCUGUGAGGCUCCAGUCAGUCCCUCGAAAUGGACCGGAGCAGUGGUUACACUUUGGCAUCGCUGGUGUCCCCCAUGUCUCACAUUUGAGUUCCGACUACACUAGGAUUGCCCACGAGGGUAUCCUCAUGACCAAGAAACAUGGCAGCACAUACAGCGUCUUGAUACAGCGGAGUCACAUUCGCAUGGGUGUAGCAAGCUAA